CUAGACCCUGCUUCGCAGGUGGUAGACUGGUGACCUGGCCUCGUGUGGGAGGACAGCGAUGCGCUCAGUGAUUUUGAAAUCAAACUGUUUGCUGCGUGCAGUUUUAUUGCCACAUUUUGUAGAGUUUCAAUAGUCUAGUACCCAAUGUUCACCAUUUUUGCAGUGUAGAAGCAGAGUAUCAGUUGAACUAAACAUGUCGUCAUAAAGACAACGGUGUUAGACUCUUUAACAAGCAAGGUAUCAUAAUCUUGGACUAUGGCUGGCCUGAAUGUUGCACCAGCAGACCAGUGGAGCCUUUGUGAGAAACUCUGUUUGGCUUCAUCAGUCAUCAGAAGUGGCGACCAAAAUUGGGUGUCAGUCAGCAGGGCCAUCAAGCCAUUUGGUGAACCAGGCAGGCCACCCGACUUUUUCUCACAAAAGAAUUGUGCCUUACAGUACUCAGCACUGCUCGAAACAGUAGAAACACCUAAGCGGAAGCGAAGCGAGAGGGGCGAGGUGGUGGAGACGCCCGGCGACCUGAUCGUGCGGAAGGUGACCAAGGAGCGCAUCGCUGAGCUCAAAGUCCAGCUGGAGGAGGACAAGGCCAGAUAUCGGCAGCUGAAGCUGGAGAUUGAGGAGAUCCGCAGCGGUGGGGCAGACGACCGUCUGCAGUCCAUGUGGGAAGAGGUCCAAGAAGAGAAGCGUGCAGCCAAAGAAGCCGAGGAGACACAGAAAGCAGCCGCAGAAGCCGCUAAAGCAGCUGCUGUAGUCAAACCAACCAGCAAGCCCAACUUUCAGUCGCCCAGCAAACGUCGGCCACAGGUGCGCAAUCCUCGCGUUGGAACUCGCACCCAGUCAGAGACCUCAUCGGUCGGUGACAGCGUAGAGGUGGAAGACAGUGUGCUAGCCUCACCAGUCAAGCUUACUGAAGAAUCGGGGUCAGGUCCUGAAGACAUAGCAACCAAACAGAGUGAAAACUCAGCCACUGACUUCUUGACGUCGAUCGUGGCAAACGAGUUACAGAAGGAAACAGAAACAGCGACAAAUCAAGAAGAGGAGGUUGCCGCAGAGGAAGACAGUGAAGAGACAGCAGAGAGAUUGCUUGCAGCCACUGCCAGCGAUCUGGUUGAGCUGCUGAGCCCCUACCCUGUGGACUCGCCAUCUUCCCAGAGUGUGGACGAGAGCUCGUUGCCCGCCUCGGAGCAUGGCACUCCCGUCCCGAGGGUCAAGGAACCCCUCAUACUGAAGAUCGAGAAGGGCAUGGUCAAAACCAGAGAGUCCAAAGUAGAAACCAAAGUGCCCGAGACUGAAGAAAGCCACGAAACAGAGAUGAUAAAUGUGGAUGAGCCAGUUAGCGACCGCCAACCAACAAGUCUUCAGGCCGGUGCUGGCAAUCCAGUUAUUGGCAAUAGUGCACCGAGGGGAUCAGUUGAGUCUCCCCAAGCAUCAGGCCAGCAAGGUGGUACUUGCUCAGAAAGUGGCCAGCCAUCAGAUGUCUUCCAGACAAACAAUCAAACAGAGCUAUCAUCAGCUAGUAGCACUUACCCAGCAACACCCACUCAAGGGAUAGCUCAUGACGAGCCCUGCACUGCCCCUCAACCUCCCAAACAGGCCACACCAAAGUCCAAGUUCCGAUCGCCGACAAGGAAGAGCCUGAGCCCGGAGGAGCAGAGGGCCAUCACCCAGAAGCUGGACGCGGCCCUCUACAACCCCCAGGAGGGAGGCGAUGCCGGCGAUCCAUCCCCUUUAAGAUGGCUGCGCUCGGUCCAAGACCGAAAGAAAUCCAAGCUGGAAGCCCCACUUAAAUGCCAGGAGCAGGUGGCGCAGUCUAAAGAAGAGCGAGAAACCAGCACCAACCAGAUGGUAGAUGAAGCCAAGAAGUUUUUGCCGAAAGAGGAGGGGGCAGUCGUUCUUGAAACAAAGAAAAGGAGCAACAAGAAACAGAAAACUGAGGAAUUAGUCCGCAGCUUCAGAAAUGUGGGCCCGCCAAAAGUGGACCUCACCCCUAAUGGAAAAAAGGCCAAAGCAGAGAGCAUUACCACACCAAAAGCUGCCGAUUCUGACCCGAGCAGGACAGAGUCGAUUGUUACCCCAUCCAGAAAGAAGAGCCCUCGCAAGGCUACUUCCAAUACCAAAAGUGCGGCUGAGCAGGCUGACAAAAGUGCGGAUGUGACCCCAGUGACAAAACCCAGAGCAGAGCCCGGGGAGGAUGACUACCACCAUAUCGAGCCCCCUUCCCCUGGGGACAGCUCGUCAAGGGAAGACAGCGACAUGAAGUCCAAGCGACGGGGAGCAAGAGGAAGACCCCUGGGCAGCCAGCGCAAGAGCUCCCGGAUACGCACACAUACUACCACGGAGGAGGAAGAUGACCGUGCACUGGAUACUCCCUCUGGAAGGAGAUCGUCCGGCAAGGAUGGCACGGCCAGCAGCAUUGUGUCACUGAUGGAUGAAGACAGCAAGGACACGCACAGUGAGGCUGGAGACUCGGACGUGACCGACAAGCCCUCGGAGAGUGACGACCUGUCCGCAUCGACCGGUGCCCUGCAGUCGUCAUAUUUCCUGGACUCCCUUCCCAACAGUCCUGCAUCGGUGGCACAGAGCGAGGAAGACCAUGCCUACAAGACGUGGCGUAAGGCCAUCAUGCUUGUCUGGAGGGCAGUCGCAAGCCACAAGUAUGCCAAUGUGUUUCUCCACCCCGUGACGGAGGACAUAGCGCCGGGUUACAAGAGCAUCGUGAUGCGUCCCAUGGACUUGAUCACUAUCAAGAAGAACAUUGAGAAUGGCAUGAUCCGGACUACGGAGCAGUUCCACCGCGACAUGAUGCUCAUGUUCCAGAACGCCAUCAUGUACAACAAUGCUGACCAGCAUGUCCACCAGAUAGCCACCGUCAUGCAGGCAGACGUGGUCAAACAGAUUGAGGAAUUUGUGUCCACUCAGCUGUUGGUACAGCAGCCGGACUCUACCAAAAUGCUGAGGGGGAGAGGCAAACAGGGACAGGGGGAAGAGGAACGUUCACGGCGGAGUUCUACCGAAGCGGACACCUCAGGAAAGAAGAGACGAACAAGGGCUGACGAGAACUAGAGAGGGAGCUAAUGCUGUUGGCAAGCAGCAAAGACCAGCCUUGGUGUGGGGUGAUUCCAGGGGGCAGGCACUUGACCCCUCCCCCCCAAAAAAAACAGAUCUGAAUUUUGUCCAAUUGCAAAUCAUGCUUUCAGGGUCCAGCCAUACCACCCCAUUACGUUGGUGUUCUGGUAUUAUCGUUGCCUUUCACUGCUUCGACCUGAGUUCCGAUCCCUCGUAGGCCAACAUGUGUAAUGAGUAUUCACCUAGUCCAUAUUGGGAACAAUAGUGCUGGGGUUAUCCUCACACCUCAAAAACUGGACAUUUCUUCUUCUGUUUCCUCAGUCUCUUGAGCUACAGUGUCUCUGCAUUUCUGAGGAAACCCCAUUUUUCUCAGUAGACAGAAAUAAAGUAACCAAAUGUAAACAUAUUCUGGUCCUAAAAUGUGAUCCUUGCUUGAAUAAGCAUGUUUUGAAGUCUAUUGUCUUUUUGAGCCCUUGGUAUUACACUUUAAUGCAAAGUACUACACACCAUUUUUGUUUCCACUCCAGGUGAAACAUUAUGUUUGAAAUAAGGCAGUUUUUUUCAUCUGGAAGUUCUGGGUUUUUUUUAAGUUCACAAACCUAAACUUAGUACAGGUUACAGCAAGGAAAUGAUUCAUCAGAACCUAAAGAACCCAAAGUUGCAAUGAGAGUGGAAUAAGUAAUUUUGGUUGGAAAUGUAGCAAAGUGUUUGGACACACUGUGUAUUCGUGUUGGGCUUUUAACAAGUAUUUGAGAUCAGGCCACAAGUUUUUGUGUCUUACCAAAAAGGUUUUCUUGAAAGUUGUUGGUAAAUACUUUAGAGUUGGCUUGAAAUAAAUGUCGGUUGAAAGUCAAACUUGCUUUGUUUUUGA